AUGAAACUCGAUGGUAUAGAGGACAGGCUACUGGGAGCCCUGAGAAAAGCAGCACUUGAGGCGUGCAAACUCUCCUAUAGUCCCUACUCCCAUUUCCGUGUCGGUUGCUCCAUACUGACGAACGACGAUGUCAUCUUCACCGGUGCCAAUGUCGAGAAUGCAAGCUACAGUAAUUGCAUAUGUGCAGAACGGUCUGCUGUGAUACAAGUCCUGAUGGCAGGCUACCGUUCAGGCUGGAAAUGCAUGGUCGUCUGUGGCGACUCUAAAGAGGAGUGUGUGUCGCCCUGUGGUGUUUGCAGACAGUUCAUCAAUGAAUUUGUGGUGAAGGACUUUCCUAUCGUCAUGCUCAACUCUACUGGUUCCCGCUCCAAGGUCAUGACGAUUGGAGAACUGCUGCCAAUGGCUUUUGGCCCCUCCCAUUUGGCAUAG